UGUGGAACAGCCUGCUCUCUGCCGCUCUGCAGAGAGGGCUGGAAGAGGGAGCCUGAACAGUACACCCACUCAGAAACACAGAGAGAAAGGGAGAGAGAGAAAGAGAAACAGAGAGAUACUGAGGCUGAGAUAUUGAAGGCAGAAGGAGACACUUCACUGAAGUAGAAAGAACACAUCUUCAACCACAAUGGCUGAGGGAGGAGAGGGUGAAGAGGAAAUUCAGUUUCUUAGGACUGACGAUGAGGUUGUACUACAAUGCACAGCAUCCAUCCUUAAAGACCAGAUCAAGCUGUGCCUGGCUGCAGAAGGCUUCGGAAACCGCCUCUGCUUUCUGGAACCCACUUCCAAUGCUCAGAAAGUCCCCCCAGAUUUGGCAAUAUGUUCACUUGUCCUGGAACAAUCCCUCUCAGUCCGUGCUUUGCAAGAGAUGUUGGCUAAUACUGUGGAAAUGGGCAAUGAGGGAGUCAAUUUGGACAAGUGGUCUUCACAAGGAGGUGGUCACAGAACAUUGCUCUACGGCCAUGCUAUUUUACUCCGGCACUCACACAGUGGUAUGUAUUUGAGCUGCUUGACAACAUCACGGUCACUCACAGAUAAGCUGUCAUUUGAUGUGGGUCUACAGGAAGAUGCCACAGGAGAAGCAUGCUGGUGGACCAUCCACCCAGCCUCCAAACAGAGGUCAGAAGGUGAAAAGGUCAGAGUAGGUGAUGACCUUAUUCUGGUCAGUGUGUCAUCUGAAAGGUACUUGCACCUCUCAUAUGCAAGUGGAGACCUAAUGGUUGAUGCUUCUUUUAUGCAAACUCUGUGGAACAUGAAUCCCAUUUGCUCAGGGUGUGAGCUUGCAGAGGGGUACCUGACAGGAGGACAUGUCUUGAGGCUAUUCCAUGGGCAUAUGGAUGAGUGUCUGGCUAUUGCUACUUCAGACCAAGGAGAUGAGCAGCGCCGCCAGGCACACUAUGAAGGAGGGGCUGUAUGCAGCCAUGCACGGUCACUUUGGAGACUUGAGCCACUUCGUAUCAGCUGGAGUGGAAGUCACAUGAAAUGGGGACAGCCUUUUCGAGUGCGUCACGUGACAACUGGCCGCUACCUGGGACUGGAAGAAGAUAAGGGACUCAUGGUUGUUGACCCGGAAAGGGCCCACACUAAAAUGUCUGCCUUCUGUUUCAGAGCAUCAAAGGAAAAAUCAGAUGUGGCUCAAAAACGAGAUGUAGAAGGAAUGGGUGCUCCUGAGAUCAAGUAUGGAGAGUCAAUGUGCUUUGUGCAGCAUGUAUCAACUGGCCUUUGGCUUACAUAUGCAUCUGUAGAUGCCAAAUCUGCUCGCCUUGGCCCUUUGAAGAGAAAGGCAAUUCUGCACCAAGAAGGUCAUAUGGAUGAUGCCCUCUCUCUUUCUCGAUCACAGCAUGAGGAGUCCCAAGCCGCUAGAAUGAUCUAUAGUACUACUGGCUUAUUCACACAGUUCAUCAAGGGUCUUGAUUCACUUAAUGGAAAGAACAAAUCAUCAAGCCCUGUGAAUUUGCCACUUGAUGCAGUGAUUCUCAGCCUUCAGGAUCUGAUUAACUAUUUCCAGCCACCAGAAGAAGAAUUGGAACAUGAAGAGAAACAAACCAAGCUGAGAUCACUUAAGAAUCGUCAGAAUCUCUUCCAGGAAGAGGGAAUGAUCACCUUAGUAUUGAAUUGUAUUGACCGUCUGAAUGUCUACAACACUGCAGCCCACUUUUCAGAGUUUGCUGGCGAAGAAGCAGCUGAAUCCUGGAAGGAAAUUGUGAACCUUUUAUAUGAACUUUUAGCUUCACUGAUUCGUGGGAACCGGUCUAAUUGUGCUCUCUUUUGUGAUAACCUGGACUGGCUAGUUAGCAAACUGGAUAGACUGGAAGCCUCCUCAGGGAUUCUAGAGGUAUUGUACUGUGUCCUCAUAGAAAGUCCUGAGGUCUUGAACAUCAUACAGGAGAAUCAUAUUAAAUCUAUCAUCUCGCUGCUGGAUAAACAUGGACGCAACCACAAGGUUUUGGAUGUCCUCUGCUCUCUGUGUGUCUGUAAUGGGGUUGCUGUCAGAUCCAAUCAGAACCUCAUCACUGAGAACCUGCUUCCAGGUCGUGACCUUCUCUUGCAAUCCAACAUUAUCAACUACGUAACAAGCAUGAGACCCAACAUCUUUCUAGGAAUGUGUGAAGGCUCCACUCAGUACAAGAAGUGGUACUUUGAGGUGAUGGUGGAUUAUGUGGAUUCAUUUGUGAGUGCCCAAGCCACUCACCUACGUGUGGGAUGGGCUCUUACAGAAGGAUAUAGUCCCUACCCUGGUGGCGGUGAAGGUUGGGGUAGCAAUGGUGUUGGAGAUGACCUUUACUCAUAUGGUUUUGAUGGGCUGCAUCUUUGGUCUGGUCGUGUGCCACGUAUUGUAGCCUCUCCCAGUCAGCACUUGCUAGCUGCAGAUGAUGUUGUCAGCUGCUGCCUGGAUCUGACUGUUCCCAGUAUCUCUUUUCGCAUCAAUGGACAUCCAGUACAGGGAAUGUUUGAAAAUUUUAAUCUUGAUGGCCUCUUCUUCCCUGUGGUUAGCUUCAGUGCAGGAAUAAAAGUUCGCUUUUUGCUUGGUGGUCGUCAUGGCACUUUCAAGUUUUUACCACCCCCAGGUUAUGCACCUUGCUAUGAGGCCUUGCUUCCAAAAGAGCGAAUGAGGAUCGAACCAAUCAAAGAGUACAAACACGACUUUGAUGGCAUCCGUAACAUUUUGGGACCUACCCAGUCUCUCGCCCAUACUGCCUUUACCCCAUGUCCUGUGGAUACUGUGCAGAUUGUAUUACCACCCCACCUGGAAAGGAUUAGGGAGAAGCUCGCUGAAAAUAUUCAUGAGCUCUGGGCCCUUACCAGGAUUGAGCAGGGUUGGGUCUAUGGAACAUUCCGAGAUGAUAACAAGAAGCUUCAUCCAUGCCUUGUAGAGUUCAAUGGCCUGCCUGAGCCUGAGAGAAACUACAAUCUGCAGAUGUCAGGGGAGACACUAAAGACAUUACUUGCACUGGGCUGCCAUGUUGGAAUGGCAGAUGAGAAGGCAGAAGAGAAUCUGAAGAAAAUAAAACUUCCAAAAACGUAUACAAUGAGCAAUGGAUAUAAACCUGCCCCACUUGAUCUGUCCCAUGUAAAGCUGACUCCAGCCCAGAACACGCUUGUUGAUCGGCUUGCUGAGAACAGUCACAAUGUUUGGGCUCGAGAUCGUGUUCGCCAGGGCUGGACCUAUAGUAUUGUACAGGAUAUCCUGAACAAGCGCAACCCACGUUUGGUUCCUUAUAAUCUUCUUGAUGAGCGCACCAAGAAAACAAACAGGGACAGCUUGUGUGAAGCUGUCCGUACUCUGAUUGGCUAUGGUUAUAAUAUUGAGCCACCAGACCAGGAGUCCAGUGGCCACACCUCAGGAACAACUCGUUCAGACAAAGUUAGACUUUUCCGUGCUGAGAAAUCAUAUGCUGUGAAGUCAGGAAAGUGGUACUUUGAGUUUGAAGCUGUGACCACCGGGGAGAUGCGAGUUGGCUGGGCCCGGCCAAAUGUUCAUGCUGAUGUGGAACUCGGAGGGGAUGAACUUGCCUAUGUUUUCAAUGGCUGCAAAGCUCAGCGCUGGCAUGUUGGCAGUGAGCCUUUUGGGCGCAACUGGCAGUCAGGAGAUGUGGUUGGCUGCAUGAUUGACUUGACUGAGAUGAACAUCAUGUUCACACUAAAUGGGGAGAUGCUGAUCAGUGACUCUGGUUCAGAGCUGGCCUUCAAGGAAGUUGAAAUUGGUGAUGGGUUCAUUCCAGUUUGCAGCCUGGGCUUGUCUCAGGUGGGUCGACUGAAUCUGGGUCAAGAUGUGAGCAGUCUGAGAUAUUUCACUAUCUGUGGGUUACAGGAAGGCUUUGAACCUUUUGCCAUCAACAUGAAGAGAGAUAUCACCAUGUGGUUUAGCAAGAGUCUCCCUCAGUUUGUGGCAGUCCCUGUGGAGCAUAACCAUAUUGAGGUUUCACGUAUUGAUGGAACAGUGGACAGCCCACCCUGCCUCAAAGUCACCCACAAGACAUUUGGCUCUCAAAACAGCAAUAAUGAUAUGCUGCUUUUAAGGCUCAGUAUGCCUAUUGAGUUCCACGAGACAUUUCGUGUCCAGGCAGGUACUACUCCUCUUACCAGAGCUCUCACCAUUCCAGAGGAAGAGGUCCAGGAUGUGGAACCUGAUUCAGAAUUUGAGCAACUUAAAAAAUCAGCUAGUCGCAAAGAGACAGAAGCCACCAAUGAGAAGGAGCCAGCUCCUGCCAAAGAGUUGCCUAAGGAAAAUGGAAAAGGAGAAAAUGAUAAGGACACUGCAUCAGAGAAAAACAAAAAGAGAGGGUUUCUCUUCAAAGCUAAAAAAGCUGCCUUCAUUGCACCUCCACCAGUUAUUCCCACAAUGCCCCGUUUGGUAGAAGAUGUAGUUCCUGAUGAUCGUGAUGACCCAGAGAUGAUCUUGAACACAACCACAUACUACUACUCGGUUCGCAUAUUUGCUGGACAGGAGCCCAGUGGUGUCUGGGUUGGAUGGGUGUCACCAGACUAUCAUCAGUAUGACCUCAGUUUUGAAAUUUCAAAAAUUCGCAAUGUCACUGUCACUGUUGGAGAUGACAAGGGCAAUGUCCAUGACAGUAUAAAGAGGAGUAACUGCUAUAUGGUAUGGGGGGGAGAGUUCAGCAACAACACUCAGCAGACACGUAUAAACCAAGAGGACCUUGUAAUUGGAUGUCUGGUGGACUUGGCAACUGGGCUUAUGAACUUUACUGUCAAUGGAAAAGAAAUCAACACAUUUUUUCAGGUGGAGCCAAAUACCAAACUGUUCCCAGCUGUGUUUGCACUUCCCUCCAGUCAGAACCUACUCCAAGUAGAGCUGGGAAAACUGAAGAAUAUCAUGCCCAUUUCAGCAGCAAUGUUUCGAAGUGAACGCAAGAACCCUAUACCCCAAUGUCCCCCAAGGCUGGAUGUUCAGAUGCUAACCCCAGUGGUUUGGAGUCGAAUGCCUAAUGAGUUCUUGACUGUUGAUACGUGCCGGGUUAAUGAACGUCAAGGGUGGACGGUCGAAUGUAACAAUCCUCUUACCAUGAUGGCUUUGCACAUUCCUGAGGAGAACAGGUGCAUUGACAUCCUAGAACUGUCAGAGCGUCUGGAUCUUUUGAAGUUCCACUCACACACCUUGAAGCUAUACUGUGCAGUCUGUGCACUUGGGAAUAACCGUGUAGCCCACGCACUGUGUAGCCAUGUGGAUGAAGCUCAACUGCUGUACACCAUUGAGAAUACCUAUCUUCCUGGCCCUCUACGUAGUGGCUACUAUGACCUGCUCAUCAGCAUCCAUCUUGAGUCUGCCAAACGUUCCCGCCUCAUGAUGAACAAUGAGUUUAUAGUGCCAAUGACAGAGGAAACACGCAGUAUUACUCUCUACCCUGAUGAAUCCAAAAAGCAUGGAUUACCAGGAGUUGGCCUCACCACUUGCCUUCGUCCCAAACUGCACUUCUCUCAUACAAGCUUUGUGGGCACAGAUGCAGAUCUUUACACUUUGAGCCCAGAAAUUCCUUUACAGGUCCUGAAGAACAAAGCAAUAAACAUGUUGACAGAGGCUGUGCAGGAUGGGGGACAGCACAUGCGUGAUCCAGUAGGGGGUAGUGUGGAAUUCCAGUUUGUACCAGUGCUGAAGUUGAUAAAUACUCUGCUUAUUAUGGGUAUCUUUGAGGAUGAGGAUGUAAAACACAUUCUCAAAAUGAUUGAGCCCAAUGUAUUUGGCAUAAGUGAAGCUGAGGAAGAGAAAGAAGAAGGAAAGGAGACUGCAAAUGGAGAAGAAGAAGCAGAACCAUCCUCCCUUGAAGCAGAAGAAGAUGAGGGAGUAGGGGAAGAGGAAGAGGAGGAGGAGGAAGUACUAGAGGAGGAAGAGAAAGGGGAUGAAGAGGAGGCAGAAAAGGCAGUUGCAGAGAAGGAGGAAGAACCUGAGGAAAAGGAGGCAGAAGCUGAAGAGCAGGAAAUUAAAGAUGAAGAAGGAGGACUGGAAGAAGGCCUCUUACAGAUGAAGUUACCAGAGUCGGUAAAACUACAGAUGUGCAACCUUCUUCAGUAUUUUUGUGACUGUGAACUGAGACACAGAGUUGAGGCCGUCAUCUCCUUUUCAGACAAGUUUGUAAAUCUGGUUCAGAGCAAUCAGCGGCAGCGUUACAAUGAGCUAAUGAUGGCAUUUACAAUGUCAGCUGCUGAAACUGCUCGCAAGACUAGAGAGUUCCGCUCACCUCCCCAAGAACAGGUGAACAUGCUUCUGAACUUUAAGCACUGUCCGGACGAAGAAGAAUGCCCAGUACCAGACGACAUCAGGGAUGAGCUAAUUGAAUUUCACAAUGAUUUACUGACUCAUUGUGGAGUCCAUAUUGAGCAGGAAGAGGAGGAGGAAGAGCAGGACACUUCCUUUCGUGGAAGACUGCGUAGCUUGUUGGAUAAGGUGAAGAACUUGCGUAAGAAGAAGGUGGAAGAAGAAGCAGAACCAGAGGAAGAAACAAAGCCCAGUACCUUACAGGAGCUCAUUUCUCAAACCAUGGUGCAAUGGGCCCAGGAAUCAUUCAUUCAGAAUCCAGAACUAGUGCGUCUCAUGUUUAGUCUACUGCACCGACAGUAUGAUGGUAUUGGGGAGCUCAUUCGUGCUGUUCCCAAAGCAUACACCAUCAAUGCCAUAUCUGUGGAAGACACCAUGAAUCUUCUGGAGUGCCUAGGACAAAUACGAUCACUAUUAAUUGUACAGAUGGGGCCUGAGGAGGAAAGACUGAUGAUUCAAAGUAUUGGAAACAUUAUGAACAACAAAGUGUUCUAUCAGCACCCAAAUCUGAUGCGGGCACUAGGGAUGCAUGAAACAGUAAUGGAGGUCAUGGUCAAUGUACUUGGUGGAGGAGACUCAAAGGAGAUCAGAUUUCCCAAGAUGGUGACCAACUGCUGUCGAUUUCUGUGUUAUUUCUGUCGCAUCAGCCGCCAAAACCAGAGGGCUAUGUUUGAUCAUUUGAGCUACUUACUUGAAAACAGCGGCAUUGGAUUAGGUAUGAGAGGAUCCACUCCUCUUGAUGUUGCAGCUGCUUCCGUGAUUGAUAACAAUGAGCUGGCGCUAGCUUUACAGGAGCAGGACCUUGAAAAGGUGGUGACCUACUUGGCUGGAUGUGGUCUACAGAGCUGCCCUAUGCUUCUAGCAAAGGGCUACCCAGACAUUGGCUGGAACCCUAGUGGAGGUGAACGCUACCUGGACUUCCUUAGGUUUGCUGUCUUUGUCAAUGGGGAGAGUGUUGAAGAGAAUGCUAAUGUAGUUGUUCGUUUACUUAUUCGCCGUCCUGAAUGUUUUGGACCUGCUCUUCGAGGAGAGGGGGGUAAUGGAUUACUUGCUGCUGUUGAAGAGGCAAUCAAAAUCUCUGAAGACCCUGCCCGUGAUGGGCCAACUGUCAAAAAAGACAGGCGGUUUGGACCGUUUGGAGGAGAAGAGGCCCUGGAAGAGAACAGAGUGCAUCUUGGGAAUGCUAUCAUGUCUUUCUACUCUGCGCUGAUUGACCUGCUUGGGCGCUGUGCUCCAGAGAUGCAUUUAAUUCAAGCUGGUAAAGGUGAAGCUAUUCGAAUCCGGGCAAUUCUUCGGUCUCUUGUUCCAAUUGAGGACCUUGUGGGAGUAAUUAGCCUUCCUGUACAAAUCCCAGCCUUUGGAAAAGAUGGAAACACCAUUGAGCCCAAGAUGUCAGCCAGCUUUGUACCAGACCACAAAGCUCCAAUGGUACUGUUUCUGGAUCGUGUUUAUGGUAUUGAGAACCAGGAUUUCCUCCUACAUGUGUUGGAAGUCGGUUUUCUGCCAGAUAUGAGGGCAGCGGCAUCUCUUGAUACGGCUGCAUUCAGCACCACUGAGAUGGCUCUUGCUCUAAACCGCUACCUGUGUUCUGCAGUGCUGCCACUUCUGACCAAGUGUGCUCCACUUUUUGCUGGAACAGAACAUCGAGCCAUUAUGAUUGACUCCAUGUUGCACACCAUCUAUCGUCUAUCUAGGGGGCGGUCUCUUACUAAAGCACAGCGUGAUGUCAUUGAGGACUGCUUGAUGUCACUUUGCAAAUUCUUACGGCCAUCCAUGUUACAGCAUCUCCUAAGGCGUCUAGUGUUUGAUGUACCUAUUCUCAAUGAGUAUGCCAAGAUGCCUUUGAAGCUUCUCACAAAUCACUAUGAGCGCUGCUGGAAGUACUACUGCCUUCCCAAUGGUUGGGCCAAUUUUGGUGUGACCUCAGAGGAAGAAUUGCAUUUAUCACGAAAACUGUUUUGGGGCAUAUUUGAGUCCUUGGCACAUAAGAAAUUUGAUGCCGAAUUAUUCAAGAUAGCAAUGCCUUGCCUCUGUGCCAUUGCUGGUGCCAUCCCGCCUGAUUAUGUGGAUGCAAGUUACUCUUCCAAGACAGAAAAGAAGGCAUCUGUUGAUGCAGAAGGGAAUUUUGACCCCAAACCGAUAGACGCCACAAACACUAUAAUUCCAGAGAAGCUGGAUGCAUUUAUAAAUAAAUAUGCUGAAUAUACCCAUGAUAAGUGGGCAUUUGAAAAGAUUCAAACUAACUGGACAUAUGGAGAAGCCAUUGAUGAGAAUGCCAAAACUCAUCCAAUGCUCAGGCCUUAUAAAACAUUCUCAGAGAAGGAUAAAGAGAUUUAUCGUUGGCCUAUUAAAGAGUCUAUCAAGGCUAUGAUUGCAUGGGAAUGGACAAUUGAAAAAGCCCGUGAAGGUGAUGAAGAGAAAACAGAAAAAAAGACCAAAACUCGCAAGAUUUCUCAGACUGCACAGGCAACCUAUGAUCCCAGCCAUGGCUAUAAUCCGCAGCCAAUUGACAUCUCUGGUAUGACCCUGUCUAGGGAACUUCAGGCCAUGGCAGAGCAGCUUGCGGAGAAUUAUCAUAACACCUGGGGUCGGAAAAAGAAACUUGAGUUGCAGGCCAAAGGUGGAGGUACACACCCAUUGCUUGUACCCUAUGACACCCUGACAGCUAAAGAAAAAGCUCGAGAUCGGGAGAAGGCCCAUGAACUUCUAAAGUUUUUGCAGUUGAAUGGCUACGCUGUAACUAGGGGCUUAAAGGACAUGGAACUGGAUACCUCUUCUAUCGAGAAGCGUUUUGCCUAUGGUUUCCUGCAAAAACUGCUUAAGUGGAUGGAUAUAGCACAAGAAUUUAUUGCCCACCUAGAAGCCGUUGUGAGCAGCGGGAGGGUUGAAAAAUCACCACAUGAGCAGGAAAUCAAGUUCUUCGCAAAGAUCUUACUACCAGUUAUUAACCAAUACUUCAAGAACCACUGUCUCUACUUCCUGUCCACCCCAGCCAAGGUUCUGGGUAGUGGCGGUCAUUCAUCCAACAAAGAAAAAGAGAUGAUUGCAAGUAUCUUCUGUAAGUUGGCAGCUCUGGUGCGGCACCGAGUCUCUCUGUUUGGAACUGAUGCACCUUCGGUAGUGAACUGCCUGCACAUCCUUGCCCGAUCACUGGAUGCAAGGACUGUCAUGAAAUCUGGUCCAGAGAUUGUGAAGGCAGGAUUGCGUUCCUUCUUUGAAAGUGCUGCAGAGGAUAUAGAAAAAAUGGGGGAAAACCUAAAACUGGGCAAGGUAUCACAAAGUCGAACUCAGGUCAAAGGUGUGUCCCAGAAUAUCAACUACACUACAGUGGCCCUCCUGCCAGUCCUCACUUCCCUCUUUGAGCACAUUGCUCAACACCAGUUUGGGGACGAUGUGAUUUUGGAUGAUUUGCAGGUAUCCUGCUACCGUACCAUGUGCAGCAUCUAUUCUCUUGGCACUACCAGGAACCCUUAUGUUGAGAAGUUGAGGCCAGCAUUAGGCGAAUGUCUGGCACGCUUGGCUGCUGCAAUGCCUGUUGCCUUCCUUGAACCUCACCUGAAUGAAUACAAUGUAUUUUCUGUGUACAACACAAAGACUCCUAGAGAACGGGCAAUCCUUGGUUUGCCAAAUAAUGUGGAGGAGAUGUGCUCCGAUAUUCCAGAGCUCAGCAUUCUGAUGAAAGAAAUAGCUGACCUGGCAGAGUCUGGGGCUCGUUACACUGAAAUGCCUCAUGUCAUUGAAAUUACUCUGCCAAUGUUGUGCAACUAUCUUCCACGAUGGUGGGAGCGAGGCCCAGAGAACUGCCCUGAAAUCGAGGAUAGUUGCUGCACUGAUGUCACUUCGGAACACCUCAACCUGCUGCUUGGCAAUAUCAUGAAAAUUGUAGUAAAUAACCUUGGUAUCGAUGAAGCAAGCUGGAUGAAGCGUUUAGCUGUCUUUGCCCAGCCUAUUGUGAGUCGUGCCAAACCUGAGAUGCUGAAGUCUCAUUUCAUUCCUACCAUGGAGAAACUUAAGAAACGUUCUGGGAAGGUGGUGGCAGAGGAAGACCAGUUAAGGCUAGAGUCCAAAUCUGAGUCAGCAGAGGCCGAGAUGAUGAUUCGUGAUGAGUUCUCUGUGCUCUGCAGGGAUUUAUAUGCUCUCUACCCACUGCUAAUCCGCUAUGUUGAUAACAACAGAGCUAAGUGGUUAACCUACCCUGACCCUGAUGCUGAAGAUCUAUUUAGGAUGGUUGGAGAGGUCUUCAUUUUCUGGUCAAAAUCUCAUAAUUUCAAACGUGAGGAACAGAACUUUGUGGUUAUGAAUGAGAUUAACAACAUGUCAUUUCUUACGGCUGACAGUAAAAGCAAAAUGAGCAAGGCUGGGGACGGACAGUCAGGUGGCUCAGACCAGGAGCGCACCAAGAAGAAGCGCAGGGGAGAUCGCUACUCAGUACAGACCUCCCUUAUCGUGGCAGCCCUGAAGAAAUUGCUUCCUAUUGGCUUAAAUAUGUGCUCUCCAGCUGACCAGGAACUGAUCAGCCUGGCCAAGAUUCGGUACUCUUUGAAAGAUACAGAUGAAGAGGUGAGGGAGUUUUUAACAAACAACCUGCACUUACAAGGCAAGGUAGAAGAUUCAUCCAUCCGUUGGCAGAUGGCUCUCUACAAAGAAUUGUCUGGGAAGGCAGAGGACUCUGAAGAUCCGGGGAAGGUGGUGAAGAGAGUGCAGGAGGUGUCAGCUGUUCUGUACCACAUUGAGUUAACUGAACACCCAUUCAAGUCAAAGAAGGCUGUCUGGCAUAAGCUGCUUUCUAAACAGCGCCGUCGGGCUGUAGUUGCCUGUUUUAGGAUGACGCCACUCUACAACCUGCCCAGGCACAGAGCAUCUAAUAUGUUCCUUGAAGGCUUCAAGUCCUCUUGGAUACAGACAGAAGGCUAUUCUUUUGAGGACAGAAUGAUAGAUGACCUAGCAAAAUCACUUGAGGAAGAAGAAGAGGAGGAGGAGCCCAAAGAGAAAAAGCCAGACCCACUUCAUCAGUUGAUUUUGCAUUUCAGUCGGACAGCACUUACAGAAAAAACCAAGCUGGAAGAAGACUACCUGUAUAUGGCAUAUGCUGACAUCAUGGCUAAAAGCUGUCACAUUGAAGAAGAAGGAGGAGGUGAUGAAGAGGAGGGAGAGGAGCUGUCCUUUGAAGAAAAGGAAAUGGAAAAGCAGCGACUCUUGUACCAGCAAUCCCGACUUCACAAUCGUGGAGCAGCCGAGAUGGUACUACAGAUGAUCAGUGCUUGUAAAGGUGAAACAGGAGCUAUGGUUUCUUCAACUCUCAAGCUGGGCAUCUCCAUUCUCAAUGGCGGUAACAAUGAAGUCCAACAGAGGAUGCUAGACUACCUAAAAGAGAAGAAGGAGGUGGGCUUUUUCCAGAGUGUCCAGUUGCUAAUGCAGACUUGCAGUGUGCUUGAUUUGAAUGCCUUUGAGAGACAGAACAAAGCUGAAGGACUCGGGAUGGUAACAGAGGAGGGCACGAUCAUCCAGCGUGAGCGUGGAGAAAAAGUAAUGGCAGAUGAUGAAUUCACCUGUGACCUCUUCCGCUUUCUGCAACUGCUUUGUGAAGGUCAUAAUAAUGAUUUUCAAAAUUAUUUAAGAACACAGACAGGCAACACAACUACAAUCAAUAUUAUUAUAUGCACAGUGGACUAUUUACUAAGGCUCCAGGAAUCAAUUAGCGAUUUCUACUGGUAUUAUUCUGGCAAGGACACCAUUGAUGAGCAAGGCAAGAGAAACUUCUCCAAAGCUAUGUCAGUUGCCAAGCAAGUUUUUAACAGCUUGACUGAGUAUAUUCAGGGUCCAUGCACUGGAAACCAGCAGUCACUAGCCCACAGCAGGUUAUGGGAUGCGGUAGUUGGUUUCUUGCACGUCUUUGCACAUAUGAUGAUGAAACUUGCCCAGAUGCACCAAUCGCCUGGACUACGAAAUGGCGAUCAUUUUUGGACUAGAAGUCGUGCAGAGGACUCCAGUCAGAUUGGGCUACUGAAGGAACUCUUGGAUCUCCAAAAGGACAUGGUUGUCAUGCUACUAUCACUACUUGAAGGAAAUGUUGUGAAUGGUACCAUUGCUCGACAGAUGGUUGAUAUGCUGGUAGAGUCCUCAAGCAAUGUAGAAAUGAUUUUAAAGUUUUUUGAUAUGUUCCUGAAGCUGAAAGACAUUGUUGCCUCUGAUGCCUUCAAGGACUAUGUGACAGAUCCUCGAGGACUUAUCUCUAAAAAAGACUUCCAGAAAGCCAUGGAUAGUCAGAAGCAAUACUCUCCCAGUGAGAUCCAGUUUCUACUAUCCUGCUCAGAAGCAGAUGAGAAUGAAAUGAUCAAUUAUGAGGAGUUUGCUAAUCGAUUUCAAGAGCCAGCCAAAGAUAUUGGCUUUAACAUUGCUGUACUGCUUACAAACUUGUCAGAACAUGUGCCUCAUGAUACACGCUUACAAAACUUUUUGGAGCAGGCAGAUUGUGUCCUCAACUAUUUCCGUCCAUUUCUGGGACGCAUUGAAAUCAUGGGAGCCAGCAAACGAAUAGAACGCAUCUACUUUGAAAUCAGUGAGGCUAAUCGCACACAGUGGGAGAUGCCUCAGGUCAAAGAAUCCAAAAGACAGUUCAUAUUUGAUGUUGUAAAUGAGGGUGGAGAGUCAGAAAAGAUGGAGCUUUUUGUCAACUUUUGUGAGGACACAAUUUUUGAGAUGCAGAUUGCCUCACAGAUCUCAGAGACUGAAGAGGAGGAAAAGGAUGAAGAUGAUGAAGAGGAAAGUGCAGGUGAAAGUGGAAGUGGAGGAGGAGAAGGAGAAUCUGAUGAGAAUGCCUCUCCUCCUGAAUCCAGUUCAGCCUUUGCAGAUUUCAUUAAUAGCAUUUUUGACUUCCUUGGCAUGUUCACUUUCCGGAACCUGAGAAGGCAAUACCGUAGAAUUAAAAAAAUGACUUUGAAGGAAAUGGUGAUUGGAUUGGCCACUUUCUUCUGGACUUUGAUAAUGGGUAUCCUCCACUUCAUCUACAGCAUUUGUAAAGGUUUCUUCUUACUUAUUUGGCAUACUCUAUUUGGGGGUGGACUAGUAGAGGGAGCCAAAAAUAUUACAGUGACAGAAAUCUUGGCCAGCAUGCCCGAUCCUACUCAAGAUGAAGUGCACGGUGACCUUCCUCCUGAUGAUGGUAGCUUAGAAGAACAGGAGGCUGGUGGGGCUAUAGACCUAUUAGAUUCUGGUAAAGGUGAUGAAGCAGCUGAGGAAUCUCAAGAUAUGUUUGGAACAGAAAGGAAAGAAGGAGGAAGAAUAGGUGCCAUGGAUGCUCCUGGAGGUUUGGGAGAUAUUGGUGAGCCCACCAAUGUUGAGCCACCAACACCUGAGGGUUCUCCUUUCACCUUAAGAAAAUUUCAAUCUGGAGAGGAAGAACAGCAGCCACCACCAGAAAUAGAAGAGCCCCCACCACAGCCUGAAAAAACUGAUGCCGAGAAUGGAGAGAAAGUAGAUUUACAAGAAGAGCCACAAACAGAAGAGGAAGAACCACCUAAGAAAGAACGAAAGAAGUCAAAGAGAGAAAAAAAGAAAUCAGAAAAGGAUGGUGGAUUUGAGUUUUGGAAUGAGUUGGAGAUUCAAAGAAAUAAAUUCUUGAACUACCUAUCCAGGAACUUCUACAAUCUUCGUUUUCUGGCUUUGUUUGUGGCCUUUGCAAUCAAUUUCAUUCUCCUCUUCUACAAGGUUUCCGACUCUCCCCCAGGAGAUGAUGAAUUUGAAGGUUCAGGUCUUUUUGAGGAGGAAGCUGAAGGAUCUGGGUUUGAAGAAGGAGGAGAUGAGGAAGAAGAGGACAGUGUGGUUUAUUACUUCCUAGAGGAGAGCACAGGCUACAUGCAGCCCACACUUGUGUUCCUGUCGAUUGUCCACACACUCAUCUCUUUCUUGUGCAUCAUUGGUUACAACUGUUUAAAGGUCCCCCUAGUCAUCUUUAAAAGAGAGAAGGAGCUGGCUCGUAAGCUUGAAUUUGAUGGUGUUUACAUCACUGAACAGCCAGAAGAUGAUGACAUCAAAGGGCAGUGGGAUAGGCUGGUCCUCAAUACACCCUCUUUCCCAAGCAACUACUGGGACAAAUUUGUCAAACGGAAGGUCCUGGACAAGUAUGGUGAUAUCUAUGGAAGAGAGCGGAUUGCUGAGCUUCUGGGGAUGGAUUUGGCAUCUUUGGAUAUCAGUGCCCAACAUGAGAAGAAGCCUGAGCCAGACAGUUCCAUAUUCACUUGGAUUACGUCAGUAGAUGUUAAAUACCAAAUUUGGAAGUUUGGAGUUGUGUUCACUGACAAUUCUUUCCUGUACCUUGCCUGGUACAUGGUAAUGUCAUUGCUUGGCCACUACAAUAAUUUUUUCUUUGCUUCACAUCUGCUGGACAUUGCCAUGGGAGUCAAGACUCUGCGUACCAUUCUGUCUUCUGUAACACACAAUGGAAAACAGCUGAUGAUGACUGUGGGCCUGCUGGCAGUGGUUGUCUAUCUGUAUACGGUGGUUGCCUUCAAUUUCUUUCGCAAAUUCUACAACAAAAGUGAGGAUGAGGAUGAGCCAGAUAUGAAGUGUGAUGACAUGAUGACGUGUUACCUUUUCCACAUGUAUGUGGGUGUAAGGGCUGGUGGAGGUAUAGGGGAUGAGAUUGAAGAUCCUGCUGGAGAUGAAUAUGAGCUGUAUAGAGUUGUCUUCGACAUCACCUUCUUCUUCUUUGUCAUUGUUAUCCUAUUGGCCAUCAUCCAAGGUUUGAUCAUUGAUGCCUUUGGAGAAUUAAGAGAUCAGCAAGAACAAGUCAAGGAAGACAUGGAGACAAAAUGUUUCAUCUGUGGAAUUGGCAGUGACUACUUUGACACAACGCCGCAUGGAUUUGAGACGCACACACUGGAAGAGCAUAACCUGGCAAAUUACAUGUUUUUCCUAAUGUAUUUGAUCAAUAAGGAUGAAACAGAACACACUGGCCAGGAAUCUUACGUGUGGAAAAUGUAUCAAGAGCGCUGCUGGGAUUUCUUCCCUGCGGGAGACUGUUUCCGAAAGCAAUAUGAAGAUCAACUUGGAUAAAUAACAAAAUGGGGCUUUCAAAAUCCCAGUUCUGUGACAGACAUGCGCUCACCUUUGAACUUGAAUUAAACCUUGGAGAAUAAGUGUUUGACUGUGUGUGUACGUGAAUGUAUGUAUGUGUGUGCGCACGCACGUGUGUGCGUGUGUGUAUGUGUGUGCAUGUAUGUCUGUCUGGGAAACAAAAUGGAAACACAAAUCUGAACUUUGUGAUUUUGUACAUAUUUCUUAAAGUAACUCAACAGGACUAAACUUUAACUGCAUUGGAGCAUCUUCUAAGCUGCCUAACAUUAGCCAAUUCCAUGUCAGCUCCUUGCCAAUGUGACAGUAUUCAUCUUUAAUUCCAGAAACUGGAAGUUACGGGGAGAAAUCCUUGUAAAUAAGCCUCUGUGUCUGGCUGAUAUCACCUCAUCUCAGUUUUGCCAUGGGAUAUAGAUAUCUAAGACUUUCUCAGUCACAGGCAGAGCCCGUAAUAAUGGCACAUGUCAUGUCAGCACCAGAGGUGGGAACUUUCUUAAUUUAUUUUUCUAAAUGCAAAUAUGUAUUGUAACUAAAUAUUUAGUAUUUCAAUCAAAUCUGUGUAUAAAACAGGUGAUACUUAAAAUUAGCUCCAUGGUGAAAUCCCCUAUAUAUAUAUAUAUAUAUAUAUAUAUAUAUAUAUAUAUAUAUAUAUAUAUAUAUAUAUAUAUAUAUAUAUAUAUAUAUAUAUAUAUAUACAUCUUUAAAGUUGGGAAAAAAAUGCUGAUUGUUGAAAAUGAGCCUUAAACAUCCUCAGGCAAGGAUUUAGUUACUUUAUGCAUACACGGCAUAAAGACAUGGUGUAUUUGUGUGUGUUGUAUUUUUUGGGCGAUGUUUGAGAGCAAUAGAGUGUAAAGUCUUCUCUGUUCAGACAUACAAUUUUGAGUUUGUGCCUCUGUUGUCUUUUUAAUCCCAAAUUUGUGAAUGGAUGCCACUUCACCAUUGAAAUGCUUCAGUGAAGCUAAUGGAUUAUACAACAACAGAGGAGUCAGAAAAGAAAUUGCCUAGAAGUUCUGAAUAUUUCAUGAAAAGCCCUCCUUUCUCCUUCCUCAGUUUGCCAUAGUGCAGGCUAUUGUUUGACUGAUAACCAAAAAAUACAUAAAAGUAAAGUUAUAUAAUAUAUGCUAUAUGCAUUAAAAAGCAAACAAGUUGUACUAUACACUGUGAUGUGCCUUAUCUGUGUAGUCCUGUGUCAAGUGAGCUUGAAAAGCGGAGGGCAUUGAGGGUGAUUGAGCGGAGCAGAGGUGGGGUUGCACUACCAGGCUUCACAGCUGCAGUCUCAACAUUUAGACAUUUUUGAGGUACUGGCAAUGGAACAGCAAUCCAGACUUUCUAGGUCUCUGCUUUCAUUUAAUCUAUCAGACUUAAGUACAUAGAGAGCUUACAGGUAUAACUAACUGAUGUGAAUUAUUAAUAUUAUAUUCUUGAUUGUAUGGAAAAUGCCUGGAAGAAAGAUUUGCUAGAAUAAAAUUGGCAGAUAUUUAGAUAAGGUGUUUACUUUGAAGCAGCAUAUAUUAAUAUCUCGUUUAAGGGUUCAGGUGAGAGUGGGUUUUAUCAUUUUAGAAAUUCAAUGCUGUUUUAAGGUCCAGCAAUCUGGAAAUAAUCAAAAAUUGAUUCCUGUUCAAACUAUCUGAACACCCAUAAUAUUGGACGAAUCGUAUGUGAUAAUAAGCAUAUGACGCAUUUUUUGAUUCUGGUUUACUUGCCCCUCAACAGUCUCUUGAUUUGAUUUUACUGUUCCAUAUGUCAUUUAGGACCACCUAGUUGGUUUGUAUAGAAAAUAUUCCCUUUUUCACUUUUUUUUUUGUUGUUAUAUUACCUUAAUGUAAGAAAUAAGACAGCAUUAAAACAAAUUCCUUUCAUCGUUUUGUUUGAAGCCUCCACACUGGGCUGCAAAUUGUGCUGAUAUAUGCAGGGGGGGAAGCAUACAGGGUAGCAACCAAAACUGAUAGCCUCCUAUAAACACUCUUUUGAUAUGAAUUAAUUUAAUCAGCUAUGAGGGUUCCACAAUUUCAUUUUUCCUGCUGUACCUUUCUAGUUAGUGAAUCAAGUUCUUACAUUAGCUGGCAGUUGUGACUGGCCCUGUUACUAUUUCAUUUUCAUACCUGCAUGGUGUUUUAGCACCAGCAAUAAAUGAAAGGCCUCUCUGUGUGUGAGGUCAUGCAUGGGGCACUUUCCUGUAAUGACAGUUGUCAGGGGACUAAAGCUGUCAUGGUGGUACAUGCCCCAACAUUGAAAUCUUAUGUUUUAAAAUAAAAUAUUCUAAAACGGUAGCACCUUCUCUCUGUUGUGUCUGAGUGUGUGCAUCUGACAUCAAGUUUAACUAAAUUGCUGACUUCAGUAGAUGAAAAUUUUCUUAAGGAUUUUAGAAUUUAUGUGGUCAUGCAAUCUUGGCUAAUAAACAUGACUGUCAAAGCAA